UUGGAGCAGGGAAAUCAAUACCAUGGGAGUGCGCAAGAGAAGUCUUAGCUUGAACCUAACAGAACUGGACUACGAAUUUCAUUACUUUAUUAAGAAUAUGAGUUGCAGGGCGAUGAUGAGACUUCCCUAUUCGUAUCGUUGCAAGAUGGCCACCCAAGUCGUUGACUGCGAACGGAUCAUCAACUUCUUCAAUUACUUCAGGAUGAUGUACUGUUCCAUUGACAUUGAUGACAAGACGACAGAGGUCCUGUUCAUGCUUCUAUUUGCGCUGAUUUGUGUGGCCUUCCUGUGGCUAAUGUCCUUCAGCAUUGGCACCUACUUUUCGCCAGUCCUCAAGAUAAUCUCGCUGAAGCUGCACAUGAAUGAGUACCUGGCGGGCGUUACCCUGCUGGCAUUCGGCAACUGUAGUCCUGAAAUAAUUGCCAACUUCAUGCCUGUAAGGGCAGAUGCACCGCUCUUUACCAUAGCCGUGGGCAAUGCUCUGGCCAUCAUUCUGCUGGCCGGCGGAACCGUGUGUUUCCUUAGGCCCUUCAAAAUGAACGGACAUUGCAUUCUACGGGAUCUUUUGUUCCUGCUGCUGGGCGUUGAGGUCCUGCGAUAUGUGAUGAUAACAAGGCAAGGAGCAGUAGUCUUGGGGGAAGCAAUCGUGCUGUUCCUAAUUUACGUUCUCUAUGUGGCCGUUAAUGUAGCCGAUGUGGUUAUAUUACGUUUCUACAUGAAAAAACUUCGUAAGGAAGUGGACUAUCUGGGGAAUCUGACUCCUCCACCGACGAAAGAAUUGCGGGAAAAGCUGCGGAGACUGGCUUCAAUGGAAGAGGAGGAUGACAUAGGAAUCAAUGACACAACGAAGUAUCGUCGGUCCAGGGAUUCGGGCACCCACUUCUCCGAUACGACGAGUAGCGGCUACUUUGUCACCCCCCGACCGGAAAAACGAUCCGAGAACGUUGACUACGAGGCCAAUCGCACGAAUCUGCAUAAUGCGGAAAAUCCCAAAAACCUCCUGCUGUUCACCGAGUUCCUCCAGUCCCUGAACCCCAUCGAUGGGGAGGCCUGGCAGCUGGGUGGCAGCUGCAAUCGGUUGUACUUGAUUGUCCGGUGCCCCCUGGUAUUCGUACUGCUGCUCUUCAUUCCUGUGGUGGACUACGAGAAGGACAAGCAUGGUUGGAGCAAGUUGCUCAACUGCACGCAGAUUGUGACUAAUCCGUUUGUGGUCAUUACCCUGGUGCAUUCUGCGAUUACCAGUGUCUAUCACACCUGGUACAUAACCCUCGACAUCAGCUUUUCGAUGUGGUCGCCCUGCCUAACAGUUCCGCUGGCCAUAGUGAUCUUCUGGCAUUCGCGGACGGACGUACCGCCGUUCUAUCACCACCUGUUUAUCAUCCUCAGCUUUUUCAGUUCCAUGGUGACCCUCUGGGUGACUGUCACCGAACUGGAGGUGCUCUCCGAGAUCGUGGGCAUUGUUUUCGACCUAUCCGAGACCUUCAUGGCGGUCACCUUUGAGGCCGUUUCGAAUGCCACCCCCGAUAUUAUAGCCAAUUCCCAGCUGGCCAUGCAGGGUUACGGGCGAAUGGCCUUCGCCGCCAUUAUUGGAGGACCAGUUUUUGCGGUUUUAGUUACCAUGAGCGUGGCCUUCAUCUUCAAUCACAGGGUUCGCGAGGCGGGAGCCAAUUCGUGGGUGUACGGCGAUCUAGGUCAAAACUGCUAUAUUUUCUUGGUCAUAACCAUCGUGACCACGUUGUGGUGGAGUGUAACAUUCGACUUUUACGCCCGACGAUCCGCCGGAGUUUUCCUGUGGCUCAUUUAUUUCCUAUUCCUCAUCUAUGCAGUUUUCGUGGAGUGGGAAGUUGUGCAUGCAUUUUCCAGAGAUGAAUAUAUUGACCCAAUAUGA